GCGUGUUUUAAAAAAAGGAAACCGCACACCCCUCUGAGCAAAGUGGUUUGUCCCGCCCGCUGCCCGUCUGCGCGUGCACGGUGCGAUUGUGACUGACAGGUCGCGAGCGGCGGAGACUCCACAAGUUCUGCGACCGACCGACCGACCGAGCGAGCGGGUAGAGGAAUAAACACCAUGGUGGGAGUGGAGUGCACCUCUGAGCAGGUGAGGGUGUGACCCCUCAGUGAUUUGGCCGACAGAGAGACGGACGGCGUGCCAGACUGUCGGGGUGGGGGAGAAGAAAAAUGGCCCGACACGUUAACUUUGAUCUGAACCACCCUCUCGUGGAAGCUGCGGUGGAGAGCCCAGUGGACGAGGAAGGUGUUCAUGACUCAUUCAACCAGCUGAUAGCGGAGCAGAGUCGGAACGGAGGACUGUCUGACGGACUGUGUGACGCCUACGAGCUGCAGCAGCUGCAGAGAGAACUGGACGAGGAGGGUCGAGAUGAUGUGCCCUACCUAUCCAGCCCUGGUCAAGACUUUGGAGAAAGGGGGAAGACACAAAGAGAGGUUGGACGGGAAGAUGAUGAAAGGACAAACCCCCUCGUCGGUGAACGCUGGUCCACGGCCACCUUAAGGGUUUUGUCAGCCAUGCCCAGUCGCACCAUCGGCCGCAACAGGGGAGCCAUCAUCUCUCAAUACUACAACAGGACCAUGCAGCUGCGACGACACAAGCAGAGCAGACCCUCCAUCCGAGACUUCUCCCGCUCUGCCAGACCGAGCAUACGAGGCUACGGCAUGGAGACAGACAGCCCUGACGCAGAGGAUACAAAAAGGGAACGUUUGGUGAACAACCUGCAGAACCUGUCAGUGAGCGACAGAAUCAGGAUGCUGCAAGCAAUGCCGCUCAGUGUGGCGGAGAAGAGUGAACUCAGGAGGUUAACUUUACAAAAGGAGAGACGCACACGCUCUGGAAGUCAGAUCCCCUGUUGCAGUCGACUCAAGUAUUACAUCAUAAUCGCCGUGAAACAGAGCUGGUUCAGUUGUCUGUCCUUCCUGCACUCCCUCCAGCUCUGGCAAGUAGCGCUCAAGACAGUGAGCGGGCGUUUCGGCACUGGAGUCCUCUCGUACUUCCUGUUCCUUAAGACCCUACUCUUCUUCAACCUCUUCCUGUUCCUGGUGGUGGGUGCGUUCUUGGUGCUGCCUCAGGCAGUGCUCCCUCCAGUGCUGCUAUCUGCAAAUCACUCCUUCUCUGGACUGGAGCUCCUCACUGGAGCAGGCUAUUUCUCAGACACAGUGAUGUACUAUGGGUACUACUGUAACUACACACUGCGACGGCACUGCAGUGAUGAAGGUGGAGGGCAGAAUAUAUCUGUGUCCAAUGGAACCAUGCUGGCCUGUGUGUCGAAGCGCUUGUCUUACAACAUGCCGCUUGCAUACUUCUUCACCAUAGUGUCGGCCUUCUUCAUCACAUGCAUCAUCCUCGUGUACAGCAUGUCCAAGUCGUUUGGUCAGAGCUUCCGAAUCGACAAAUCUCACAGUAUCCUGGCCAUGAAGGUCUUCUGCUCCUGGGACUUUAAGGUCAUCAAAAAAACGUCCGUCAAACUGAUGUCUGAGAAUAUCUGCAUCCAGCUCAAGGAGCUGUUGGCGGAGGUGAACCAUAAACGCGUCAGGAACUCUUGUCUCCAGAAUUUGGGGAGACUGAUGAUCCACUGCCUGGCAUGGACUAUCUGCGUAGCAGGCACCAUUGCCUGUGUGCUCAGCAUCUACUUCUUCUCUCAGUACAUGCGCCAGGACCUCAAGAAAAGAUCUAAUGGUCCGCUCUCCACCCAGAACCCCUUGCUGAACGAGGCCAGCCUGCUGGCUCUGCCUGUGGUGGUGUCGCUCAUCAACGUUCUGCUGCCCUGCUUGUUCAACCUCGCUGCCUGGAUGGAAGACUAUGAGUCACCGACUGUACGCACAUAUGUCGCCAUCGGCAGGAACUUGAUGUUAAAAGUGAGCGUUCUUGGCGUCCUCUGCUACCACUGGCUGGGUCGGAUGGCUGUCGACUUUGAAAAUGACAACUUCAUGUGCUGGGAGAGUUUUGUUGGCCAGGAGCUUUAUCGCUUCCUACUCAUGGACUUCAUCUUCACUCUGCUGGACACCUUGUUAGGAGAGUUUCUUUGGGGGAUGUUUUCCAAGAGGGUCCUGAAGAGGAGGAGGAAACCGGUUUUUGAUAUUGCCAGGAAUGUCCUCGAACUCAUCUAUGGACAGACCUUAGCCUGGUUGGGAGUUCUCUUCACCCCUCUGCUGCCGGCAGUGCAGCUCCUCAAACUCUUGUUGCUCUUCUACAUUAAAAAGAGCAGUGUGAUGAUGAACUGUCAGGCUCCGAGGAAGCCCUACAGAGUCAGCCAGAUGACCACCAUCUUCAUCACUCUCCUCUGCUUCCCCUCCUUCCUCGGUGCCUCUGUGUGUGUCACAUACACCAUGUGGAGUAUCAAUCCGUCCUCGUCAUGCGGCCCGUUCCGUGGUCUCAAAACGAUGUUCCAGGCGGGGAAACGCUGGGUGGAAGAACUGGAAAAAGAUAAUCCAAACCUGUCCGUUCUGGCCAGGGCUCACUCCUACCUGGUGGAAAACCCUUUGUUCCUGUUUGUGGGGGCAGGAAUCUUUCUGAUAGUCAUCUACUUCCACAGUCAGGUGGUGGACGGGCAAAGGAAGAUCAUCGGUUUACUGCAGGAGCAGAUAGAAAAUGAGGGAGAGGAUAAAAAGUUUCUCAUCACCCGCCUCCAGUCCAUCCACGAACUGAAACGAACCACUGUGCGAAGACUCAAAAGUCAGGACUCUUCAUGUUGAGACAUCUGUGUCUCCAGUAGACGAGCAUCUAGAGGUCUAGUAAAAUCUUAAACCAGUGGGAACAUAACUGGAAUAUUAGCAGAAAGGGAACAGCAAGAAAUUGGACCAAAAUCAACUAGAUUGUGCAUUUUGUCCAUUUUUAAGCUUUUUAAGGAUUUUUAAUGGCUGCAGUAUUUGUAGGAACUAACAACUUGAAAAUACCAGGUGAAACAAAGCUGUGUUCUUUAUACAGUACGACACAUUAAUAAAACCUCAGACUUUAGGAGUGAAGCCAGACAAUGUUGCUUGAAAGGCCAUUAGUCAUGCAUGACUAAGGAUGACUGUUCAAGAGGAACAGAGGAAAUACAAUUUGAAUUAUAGAGAGGAAGUUAACCUAUGUUCUGAGUUGUUUUUGAGUUUUAAAAACCAAUAGAGAAAUCUCAAAAGAACUGAUGUCAUCAGUUUAAAUAGAUUUCAAACAUCUCGUAGAAGCACUUUCAUACCAACUGUGAACUUUUUAUGCUUUUAUUUUUAUAAAUGUUUAAAAACUUUGGAUGUUGUGGGAGUGAGUAUGAUAACUGUAAAUGAUGCCUUGUAUUUUUUUUUAUUUUGUUCUUGGAGUUGUUUUUUUAGGGCGAUUAUCGCAUAUGUACUGUCUUACUUGUGUUAUUAAAUUAUGUUUUAUCAAA